GCUCAUGUCACUGCAGUGAGCCUCGGCUCAGGCCGCCGUGCGCCGAAGCCAUCAGUCUGUAGCCGAAGGCAGCGCUCUCCGUGGAUCCUGUGUCUCUGCCGCACACACACCGGCCCGGAUCGUCGUAUCCACCCUCUCUGCGGCUUUGACGGUCAGAUAUGUUGUCUUUGCAGUAGUGAGGAAGAGGAGACAGGGGAUAUCUGUGCUACUGUUUGGUCCUCAAGGGGAGGAGCCAGUUGUUGAUUCUACGCUGCAAAGACAAGGCGCCGUACACAGAGGAUGAAUUGCUACAGGCAGUGAAAGGAUGAAGGACAGUCCACCAGUUCAGGACUAAUUCACUCAGAGACAACUGUAGUGGAGGUGUAGGAGGAAGAGGAGGAGGAGGAGGGAAAGGACCCUGAGAGAAAGUAAACCACAUGACCAGUCUGCGGAAAGGAUCCAAAUUAGUGAUGUUCCCCUCCGGCAGGGAUUACCUCCUCCUCCCUGUCGUCUCCCUCUCCAUCUCUCCCACCCGUGUACAGCAGAACAGCUUCCCAGCACCAAGACUCUGAGCCGUGUGAGCUCGCACUGCUCACCCUCCCACACACACACACACAAACAAACACACACUCUGCUGCGUACUGCUCAUGGUCGUUGGCCUGGUCUCCUCAGCUGCUGCUCCUGCUCUAGUCCUAGACCAUGAAAAGGCCCAAGCAGCAGACCGGGCCCCUGAGCUUUCUCAACUUCUUCAGCCGAAAGCCCAAAGCGGAGCCGAGGCCAGAGAAGCCUGUGGACGCCUGGCCCAGAGAGGAGGUGGCUAUUACCCUCACCCCGAGCGAGCAUCCAGAGCAGGAUGUCAAUCUCACAGCAGAAGAGGCUGGAGAAUCAAGAGUUUCUGGAGCAGAAAGAGGAGAAGGAGGAGGUCCGGCAGCAGCAGCUGAGGCGGCUGAGGACGGCGCUGCCACGGCUGAAUGUGUGGGCGGGGUCAGUAGUGGCUCAACAGGCGUCCUGUCCUUCUCCUCCUCCAGUCAGGAUCAGCUGUUGGAUGAACACCUAGAGGAGUGCCCACUGUGCCUGCUCAGUCAACCACGUUGCCACUUUCCACGACUCACAUCCUGUUCCCAUCGGGCAUGUUCUGACUGCCUCCGCCAGUACCUGCGCAUUGAGAUAUCAGAGAGCCGGGUGGGCAUCGCAUGUCCACAGUGCCCUGAAACACUGGCGCCACUGGAUGUCCGUGCCAUCCUGGAUGACCGGGCGCUGCUGGAGCGGUUUGAGGAGUACCAGCUGAGGCGGUUCCUGGCUUCGGAUCCAGAUACACGCUGGUGCCCUGCUCCUGACUGCAGCUAUGCAGUGAUCGCUUACGGCUGUGCAGAGUGUCCCAAACUCAGCUGUGGCCGUGAAGGGUGUGACACAGAGUUCUGCUACCACUGUCGGCAGCUGUGGCACCCCAACCAGACGUGUGACCAGGCUCGACGUCAGCGGGCCCGGCACACCUCAGGAGGCAACGAUGCCUCCACACUGUACGUCUUCAAUGAAGAACCUGGAGGAGAUGCAGAGGAGAUCAAAGCAUGCCCUCGCUGUGGUGCCUACAUCAUGAAGACCAAUGAUGGCAGCUGUAAUCGUAUGAACUGCACUGUGUGUGCCUGUCAGUUCUGCUGGCUUUGUAUGCAGGAGAUCACCGACGUGCACUACCUCAGUCCCUCAGGAUGUACAUUCUGGGGGAAGAAGCCAUGGUCGCAAACCCGUAAGGUUUUGUGGCAGGUGGGCAUGUUGCUCGGAGCACCAGUGGUCAUCUCGCUUAUCGCGGGCAUUGCCAUCCCAGUCAUCAUUGUGGGCAUACCAAUCUACAUGGGCCGAAAGGUCCAUGGUCGCUGUAAGAAAAACAAUAUCUCAGGAAGUAAGCACUAUUUGACUGUGGCAAGCGGGGUAAUGAUGUCGGUGUUUGUGUCGCCUGUCAUAGCAGCUGUCACAGUGGGUGUAGGUGUCCCUCUAAUGCUGACUUACGUCUAUGGGGUGGUCCCCAUGUCGCUAUGUAGGAACGGCUGGUGUCGACCGCAGAAUGAGCCCCCUGAAUCUCAUAAGAUCCAACUGGAGGACUUAGCCAGCUAUCUUCUAUUCUCUCAUGUAGUCAGCGACCACUGGACGGGUCAGAAUAACCCAGCGCUCAGUGACACCAGCGUCCAAGAAGUCAGAGUCAGUGUACAGGAAGUGGGUGUCCUCCCAAGUACAAGCACGACACCCCCAGAGCUAGAUAGCUAUGUAGGAGUGGAUGAAGCCACAAAACGCCAUGGAUACACCCAGCAGGACAGCCAAUCAGAGUGCGAGGUGGUUAUUGUGCCUGACAGCAAAGUUAAUGACACACAAGCACUUCCUUUGAGGGAUGGAACCAAUAUUGAAGUUCGGGUGGAAAUUGAAACCCAUCCCAGAGGUGCUCGCCAGUCCAGUCUAAGUAGCAUCCUAUCUAGUCGAAGCUUGUCGGUGGAGUCCGUCGGACAGUCUCAGUCCCAAGAUUACCUGUGUGCCUCAGAAGUGGAAGAAAGACGACAGGAGGGAGGGGAAGGAGAGGAACAAGAAGGACAAGAGAAACCAGGAGGGGAAGAAGGGACUGUUUUCCCAGUCUUUGAUAUGGACGGUGUAUGAGGUCCUCCAAUGCAGGCUCUGUGCUUGGUUGAAGAUUAGUCAGGUUUUGUGGAAAUUAUCAAAUCCAUGUGCUGACGUGUCACUGGAUUGGCCUGAAAAUCGUCUGCCACGGCCACCUCCUGCUUCCAAGACUGGCCCUCCCACCUGUUGCCUUCUAGCUCCAGCCUCUAAGGAAGAUGCGGGUUUAGAGAGAGGAAAUGAGAAAGAUGAGAGCGUGUGAGUGUGUAUGAGACAAUUAGCAUGACUUUGAGACUGGAGGGGGAGAAAAUGUAAAGCAGAAAGGAUAGCACCCAUCAGUUAAUCUUAAAACAGAAGUGACUAAGAGCAUGUUAACUGACCAGUUCAGUGGGGGUCAGCCUGUUUUUAUUUUGUUGUCCUUUCUGGAAGAGACUACCUUACUCCCCCUCUUUGCUGAAUCUGUUUCAUGAAGCCCUCUCUUUGUCUUCUUUUAGUGACCUCACAUCCCUCUCCUCCCUUUAUCAAUGAAGAGACCCCCCUAGAGCAUGAGUUGUUUUACGGGGGAUUCAGAAUUUAACAUGCAGCUGUCUUGUCAGUGAGUUCAUGUAAAGCUUUUCAAGCUAACGCCAUUCUGCAAGACAGUAGGAUGAAUUCUUUUCUACCAAAAACACUUUUCAAAUGCAGUGCCCAAACCUGAGUUAGGUAACCUUAAAUAGAUGGCGCAUGCUGCACUGUUUGAUUACUCUUUUUUUGAGAGAAGUCCAGUAGGAAAUGUUGAAAUGACUGUUUACAGUUCAGACAUGUGGAAACUGUUGAAUCCUGAGUUUCAUCUCUAUUGGAGUCAAAGGUGCUCUGUGAAAUUUUCUAUCAGUGGUGAUCAAUGAAAUGAGAAGAGGGUUUCAAAUUAGCAGAAAUUAUAUCCUUAGUCUCAAAUCCACAGUCUUCCAAUAGAACAAAAAUUCACUUGUAUACUUUCAGUUUUCUUUGUUUCCUUCAUGGUUUUUAACAAUGCUCUCUCUAAUGCAUACACAGAUCUGCAUUAGUGGCAUUAACAAUGGCAACAACACUACAGUCUUUUUCCGAGGAGUCUUUAAAAGUAUCUGCAUGAUUCUCCUACUUGUAUCCAGGAAAACACUCAUAUAUAUUUACUGUGUACAGACACAGGCAAGCAGAGUCACAUAGUCACACUUACACACUCACAUGCUAACUCGCCCAGCAGUCAGUGUAGUUGCAGAAGUGUAUGUCGAGAGCAUUAAUCUAAACUCAAAGACCCUCUUAACUGAUCACAGAGCACCAAAAUGACAACAGCAGCAUGCCACCUCAGGCUGAACUGUAACCCCUUCUAGAUCAUUUACAAGAAAUACAUGACUAUACCUGCACUGCUUAGCCUCCUGAGUGAAAUAUUUGUGAGAUGAACUCAGACUCGAAGUGAUAACCUGUGCUGGGUUGUGGGGAGAUAUCAAAUAAAGAUUUCACCAUGAAGGACAAAAA